AUGGAGAAUAAUUCAUCAGCAUUCGACGUCGACCUGGUUAUUGUCGGUGGCGGCCCAACAGGUUUACUAUCGGCCGUUCUUGCGAGAGCCCUGGGACUCUCGGUGUAUGUCAUUGACGCUAAGAAUGGUGCCUUGGAAGUCGGGCGUGCGGAUGCCCUAAACGCCAGAACCCAACAAUAUCUCGAAGUGACGAAAACCUUACCCUUCCUCGAGCCCUUUGGCUUGAAAUGCAACACAAGCUCGACAUUCGAAGGUGGACAGUUUACCUCUCAGCAGAACCAAUGGUGGACAUCGCUGAAGCACACCCAUCGUCCCAACUUCCUCAUGAUCGGCCAGUCCCAAGUUGAGGAGGCUCUCCUUCAUCAACUGGACAUCCCGGUCGACUAUAACUCGCAGGUCAAUGGGAUCGAAGAGACCACGUCCGGCGUUGUGGUGACGACAGACAAGGGAAGGACGAUAACAGCCAGGUAUGCUAUUGCGGCAGACGGUGCGCGCUCGUUCGUGCGCACCACCCUGGGGAUACCCUUUACUGGAACUAAGCCCGAGAUGGUCUGGGCCGUUCUGGAUACUUUUAUCGAAACGGACUUUCCGGUCUGUCCUGAGAUCAUUACCUUUCAGAAAGAUGGACAAUCGCGCGUUGCGUGGAUCCCUCGCGAACGGGGUAUGAACCGCUUCUACAUCCUGCUCGAUGGAGAAAUCACACAGGAAAAUGCCGAAGCCUCCAUACGAGACCAUAUGGCUCCGCACACGGUGGAGUUCAAGAAAACCGAGUGGUUUAGUACGUUUGAAAUCAAGGAAAGAGUAGCCAGCACUUUCAUUUCUAAGGAUGGCAAUGGUCGCAUUUUGCUUGCGGGCGAUGCCGCCCACGUUCACGCCGUCAACGGCGGCCAGGGUCUGAAUACCGGGAUCGCGGACGCAUUCAACCUCAUAUGGCGAGUCGCCUUUGUGGCCAAGGGACAUGGAGGUUCUACACUACUGAAGAGCUACGAUGAAGAGCGUCGUGCCACAGCCUCGGCCGUUAUUGACGUUGCUGCGAAGCUGGUGCGGACCACGGUCAAGACUGCUUUGGAGUAUGUUGAAAUCAUUGAGAAGAAUGCGGGCUACAUUACAGGCAUGGGAGUCUCCUACUCCUCCACUACCCCAUUGGUAGUCGACUCAAACUACGGCGACUUCGUUGCUGGGGACCGUUGCCCGGAUCUACGGGUCACCAGUCUUCCUGUAGGGUCAUCCCAAGCCAAUGCCGAAGAACAGUCUCAGACUCGGUUAUACGAGCUGUUUGAGUAUGGGAGAUUCAAGGUUCUCUUCAUCGGGAAUGAGAACCCUGCCUCUUUUGAACAGGCUAUUGCGCUGCAACAGAAAGCUGAGAUAUGGCAUAUCCAUAACCAAGAUCGUCGUCUCACUACCCUUACACAUGAGUUCCGUGCGGAAUGGGUGAAGAGCGACGAGGGCGCAGUUGUGGUUGUCAGACCGGACUUGUAUAUUGGGUAUGUUGGGAAAGAUUGGGUGCAGUAUCUGGCGUCGGUAUUCAGUUGA